AUGCAGCGUCAACGAAGCUUUGGAAGUGGCAGACCAAGAUCUCCCUAUUGCGAUCUGUUAUCUGCUCCUGAGAAACUAAGUGUGCUGCAACGCACUGGCUUGGCUGAUGUUACCAACGCUGUCAUUGGGCUGAACAACACGGGGAUCGCCUUAUUGGAAUCCUCCAACUUUGAAGAAGCCAUUGCCAUGUUUCGUCGGGCAUUAUCUCAACUCCAGAGACCAGCAGCCGUCGAUGCGUCCACGGGAACUGGUGGCACCAUCUUUGUCACUCCCUCCGCGGUACCAGUCUGCUCACCAGAUAUCAACAAGAUUUCUUCUGCAUCCGAUGGUAGCAGCAGCCUUGGUGGCAGACCUUCCUCCUGCAAACCCAACGGUAUCUCAACAAGUGCUCAUCAGUUAUCUCUUCCUUUGCUGGAUCCCUCCAACCUUCCACUCGCACUCCACCAACAACAACAGCAAGGAGAUACCACGGUAACAAUGUCAUCAGCUGCCUCGCCUACCCGAGAAUACUACAUCUACCAGCGAAGAGAGUACGAUGAAGGCAUGUACAUGUACUUUUCACCCAUUCGCAUGGAUGCUACCAUCAUGGAAAUGGCCGCUGAACCGUUAGCAGCUGCCUCCACCAUCCUCUACUACAACCUGGGACAAGCCUAUCUGGGACAAGACCGUGAUGACGAAGCAAGAGAAGCCUUUGAACGAGCACUCUAUCCACGCUACAUUAUCGCUCCAGCGGUACCACCCUUCAAGGUGCUGCAUAACCUGGGGUACAUUCAAUACCGACAACAAAACAUUGAAGGAGCCAUUCAGACAUUCUGCCAAGCACUGCAGCAAAGCUUGAACAAACUUGAUGUCGCCAAUUCACUCAAUUGUCUCGGAGUCCUCUACUUCCAUCUGCCCGAACCAAAUGCUCUACGAUCCAUGGAUUGCUACAUUCGAGCGCUCGCCAUUCGAAAGGAAAUCCUGGGACACAAUCACAUUGAUGUGGCAACACUACUCAACAACAUUGGACGCGUGCAUUACAUUGAACAGCACUACGAUGAUGCACUCAUGGUCUAUGAAGAGGCUCUUCGUAUUCGAAGGACCAUGCUAGGUCAUGAUCAUUUGGAUGUUGCUGCUACCGUCUACAAUGCCGGACAAUCCUAUCAUCAACAGGGAAAGCUAGAUCUCGCACUCUUGUUUUACGAAGAGUUUGUCCGCAUUACGGCUCCCAAGCUAGGUCCCAUGCACAGGGAUGUUGCCAUCAUUCUCAAAUGCAUGGCCCAAAUAUACCAUGAACGGGACGACUUUGAACAGGCCUUGGCUCUCUACAAACAGGCGCUGGCUGCCGCGCAAACUUCCUUGGGCGUACACGCCGAAACAGCGUCCAUCUUUAACAAGCUGGGGAACCUCUUUUACGAACAUCAGGACUUUGAUAAUGCCAUUGAGAUGUAUGAACAAGGUCUAGAGGUGGAACGGGCUGUCUUGCACAGUUUGCAUCCCAACAUUGUCGUGACCCUCUCCAACCUUGGACAGAUUCGAAAGCAACGGGGAGAAUACGCUUCGGCUUUGAGCGUCUACGAAGAAGCACUCGACAUUCAGCUCAAAUCUCUUGGCAAUUCGCAUCCUGCAGUCGCCGUAACAAUCUCCAAUAUCGGCCUCAUCAACUACCAGACAAGAAACUACACCAAAGCCCUCGAUCUAUAUCAAGAGGCUCUGCGGAUACGCAGGGAUGCCUUUGGAGAAAACAAUCUUGAGGUUGCAAGUUGUCUGAAUAGCCUAGGUCUUGUGCUGUUCAAGCUGGGCCUCCAUGAUAUGGCUAUGCAAAGCUUCCUGGAGAGUCUCAGGUUGCGAAGAGAGUUGUUGGGUGAUACCCACCGGGAUGUGGCCAUUAUCAUCUACAACAUUGCUACAAUCUUUCUGGAACAAGGAAACGACAAUGAAGCCAUGAAUUGCUACCGGGAAACCCUCCGCGUGGAACGGUUGGCCCUUGGGGAUGACCACGAGGACGUCCUGCUAACUAUUACCUACAUCGCCCAAGUCAACCAGAACAAGGGAGAUUUGCAGGCGGCACUGUCUUGCUACGAGGACAUUCUCAGAUCACAGAAACGCAGCCGACCGGAUGACCACGAAAGCAUUGCUCGUACAUUGAACCGAAUGGCAAACAUUCAUUUGCAAAAUGGACAUCCCGGAAAGGUGGUCAGGCUCAUGACAGAGGCUUCACGAAGGAUGCGUCUGGCUGGUGGCAGUAUGGAUGAGCUAUCCCUCAGUGGCUUUCACCUUUAUGGCUUCAGCAGAGUCCACCCAGAGGCAAGUCCAGCAGCAUAG